CCGAAGGCGACGAGCAUCAGAGUGAACAGUGAACUUCUGCUCAGAGGCUGUGAUGAUGCACACUGGGUGACGCCGCGCUCCUGUAAGUCGCAUCACCAUCACCAGACUGGCGUGGGAUCGGUCCCUGCUGCGCCUCAUCUGGAAUAACGUCGGGAGAAAAAAAUCAUCCAGAAAUUUUCAUUAGCUGGGUGUGUUUUUCAUUUAAAGAAGGCGAGCAGUGUCGAAAAUAAUCCCCCUUUUUUUGUUGCAAAAACGUUUCCAAUCGGAAAAGGGGUUUUGCAGAAGAAGAGCCAGAGCAGAUUUUAUUCCGGUAGAGAUUCACCAAAUAUAGGCUCCAUAAUCAGGAAUCAUGGGAAAGCAGAACAGCAAGCUGACUCCCGAGGUGAUGGAGGAUCUGGUGAAGAACACGGAGUUUAAUGAACACGAGCUGAAGCAGUGGUACAAAGGCUUCCUGAAAGACUGCCCCACUGGCAGGCUGAAUCUGGACGAGUUCCAGCAGCUUUAUGUCAAGUUCUUCCCUUACGGCGAUGCAUCAAAAUUUGCACAGCACGCCUUCAGGACCUUUGAUAAAAACGGAGACGGGACCAUUGAUUUCCGAGAGUUCAUCUGCGCUCUGUCCAUCACAUCCCGCGGCAGCUUUGAGCAGAAACUCAACUGGGCCUUCAACAUGUAUGACCUGGAUGGUGACGGCAAAAUCACCAGAGUGGAGAUGCUGGAGAUAAUCGAGGCCAUCUACAAAAUGGUGGGCACUGUGAUCAUGAUGAAGAUGAACGAGGACGGUUUGACACCACAGCAGAGGGUGGACAAGAUCUUCGGCAAAAUGGAUAAGAACAACGACGACCAGAUCUCGUUGGAGGAGUUCAAGGAGGCGGCGAAGAGCGACCCGUCCAUCGUGCUGCUGCUGCAGUGUGACAUGCAGAAGUGAGCCCCCCACUUGCUCGCUCCUCUCCCCGUCUGUAAUCCACACACUCUGGACAGCAGCACAUGUUUUAAUGUCUCAUUAGGUUCUCUGCCAUUUCCACAGGAAAAAAAAAAAACAAUGCUUGGACUAUUUUUCAAUGGACUCGCUUCUUGUGGUUGUAUGCAUGAGAAUGUCAAAUGCUGAAUAAUUUUGAAUAUAGCUAUAAGAUAUCAUACAUUUCUAUUUCAAAACAUGCCAAUGUGAUUUGUGCACAGUAACCCUAUACAUUCCCAUUCAGCCUUAGCUUGUAUAUCAGUGGAGCACUGCAUUAAAUUAUGUUCCUGCAGUAUUUAGGAUCCCCAGUGUUCACUGCUGCUACUACUGUACGCUUUACAUAAUAGUAACAAAACAAUAACUCCUAUGAUAAUUGUAACUGUCUCUACUAUCCAGACUUGUUGAGCUCUUGGAGACUAGAGAGGCUCCUGUCUGUUCCAGAUGUUUUCACACGAUGGAACCAAGAAGAGUAGGUUCUUUGCAUGCAUAUAUUACGUGUCAAAAAAAAUAUAAUCUCUUACCUUUUGCAUCUUUAGGUGGUUAUAAAAGAGAAACCCUAAUGGAAUUCAUUUAGUAUUGUUGCAUGGGAUGUACAGUAUGUGACUCAUCAGACCGUUAGUUCACCUCCAGUAAUGUGGGAGCAUGCUUCCCUCCAUUUGGUACACGUGUAUGUGUGACACUUGAGUUUUCUUUUAAAGAUAUUUGGAUUGCAGUUGUGGGCUAAUCUCCGCGGGAGAGCUUUCACAUAAACAUUAUGUUUUGCUUCUGGGAUGAGCAGAAAGAUAUUGGAGCAGCUUUCCUUUAUUAUUUAAUCGUACUGCUGCCGCUUAAUCUAGAGAGGAAAGGCCAAAAUUACAGCUGUCAUUAGGCGCAGUACUCAUUAUUCCCCACGAUGAUCCAAAAUUGGCUACUUUUUCAGGCUGCUUAUAUGAUUUAGACUUAAGUAACUCAGUACAUAUCAAUAUGUUUACAGAAAGGAAGAGCACUGCAAAAUGAGAACAGUCUCGGCGUUUGACCUUACUGCUGGGAGCUCGCUCUGUGGGCUGGGGACCUUGCGAGAGGGGCUCCACUUCCAAUGCAGCAAAAAAAAAAAGGGAGGAAAAAAAGGCCUCUUAUAUGUUUACUAGACACACUGCAUUCCUACGUAUAAAACUUUUUUGUAAAAGAGAAACUUUUUAUUGAAAGGUCUCAUCUUCUAUUCCGUUUGCAACAAUCAUUAAAGAUGCAGGACCCUCAAGAGAGGCGCUUGAUAAAGCUUUUGAAAGAGCGUUUCAGUGCUAGACGGCGACUUGAUGGCGAUGGAUGUGGGUUAAAGUUAUUGCGGAAAGUCUCUUUCAACAGUUUUGCUUCCCCAUUUCUAGGCUAUGCAAGCACGGACUGAGUGUCUGCUUGUAGUCCACUCACAGUGGUGGAGGUUGCAGAAGCUUUUCACUGUUCGGUCUAUAACAUAACUGAAACCAACCUGCACAUUAUUAAAGUCUACAUUAUUUAUACAUUUCAGUCUGGUCACUAUGUCAGAUUCUUUGUCUCGUAAAUGUUUAUAUCAACUAUGGAAAAAUCAUAAUACAAGUGACUGUAUUCUUUUAUACAUGUGGCAUGUGUUGCACCCAAAAUUAAUUCUGUAGUGAUUAAAAUGAAUAAACCAUCACCAAGGCUUUUUCAAAAGA